GGGAUCACUCGCAGUGCUUCGGGAGCAGCAACAACUUUGGCGCACCUGAUGCUGCUGCGCUGGCUAUGGUGGCCUCUUCUCGUUCAUGACCCAUGACGUCGUGCCCUCACUGCGUCGUUUGUUACCCAGUUCCCUAGUUCUUAGUCUCCCCCCUCCUCCCCCCUACUUUACAUGUCUCGUCCUCCUCGCCCCCUUUUGACGACGUUGGCAAACUUUUUCAACGCCCCUUAACUACUCCCGGCUCUCGCCAGCGAUUCCACAGCCGUUCUUCGGGCUUUCUAAUCAUGGCUGGGUGGCCGAUACACUCCUUCCGAUGGACUGGUGCUCAAUGUCUAGAUUUCUAUUCUGAAUUGUGUGACGCGAUCCUUGUCAUGAUUACUCCGUUCGCCGGAUUCUCGCCUGCCCGUUAAUCACUUGUCUUGGAGGUCUAGGAGGAGUUGAAGCGUGGGGAGAAAUUGGGAGGUGGGUGCGACGGGUGUUUGGUGACGGGAUAGUUGCGGGGGGAGCUGUGGUGGAGGUUCCCGAUUUUUGGCUCAUGAAGCACGAUAUAUUUCAAGCUUGAACACCUGUGGAGACAAAUCAGUGGGCGAAUUAAUAGGCACCCGUAGCUGAAUGAGGCCUUUAAUUUAUGAGAGGCUAUUACGACCGUGCGAACGAAGGAGCUGGUGGUCUAGCAUACAAUUCCCUGUGAAUCGGAUGUUCGUGUGAUUUCAAGUAAGUGUUGUAACAAAAUCGGUCUUAUGGUGGACAAAAAGACAUGCCUUCCACUGCAUUUCUCGCCAUCGUUACGUCCCGGCGGAGCUCCUGCUACCAAUGGAUACCACCAGACAGCGGGAAGUCAUGUAGACACGAAACUCGAAGGAAGAUAUGACUUCUAUGCUGCCAAUAUGAAGGAUAUAUGGAAUGCGAAGGAAUGGAGAAAGGUAUCAACGGUGUGGAGGCUGCUUGUCUUGGUAGUUGUCGGAGGCUUUGGUGUAUACAUGUGUAUGGUGGGCUUGGACAGAAGGCAAUUUUCGUAUGAGCCUGUGGAGGAGUUAGUUCUGAAAGAUGUGAGACGAGAAGAUGAUUCUUGUCCUCGACGUGAUCAUCUGGAUUUUUACCAACACUAUCCACUUCCACAUACAUACGAGAGGAAUGAGUGCACAUGCACCCCUGUACACUAUUUUGUAAUAUUAUCAAUGCAAAGGUCAGGUAGUGGGUGGUUCGAGACGCUUCUCAACAACCACCCAAAUAUUAGUUCCCAUGGCGAAAUUUUCUCAGUCAGGGAACGGAGAGAUAAUUUUUCCUCCAUUGCUAGAAACAUGGACAAGGUCUUCAACUUGGACUGGCUGAACAGUGCUUCGAAGAAUGAAUGCACCGCAGCUGUGGGUUUCAAGUGGAUGCUAAAUCAGGGUCCGAUGGAAUACAAUAGGGAGGUUUUAGACUACUUUGAGAGGAUGGGUGUUUCUGUCAUUCUGCUACUUCGACGGAACGUGUUGAAGCGGUUAAUCUCAAUCAUGGCGAACUCAUAUGAUCAGCGUGCGAAGAUCCUGAAUGGCACUCACAAGUCGCAUGUUCACUCAGUUGAGGAGGCGUUGAAACUGGCAGAGUACAGGCCAGUCAUAGACGUGAACCAUUUGCCAGAGAAUUUACAGCGAGUUGAGAAAAUGGCCAGCGACGCCCAACGCCUCUUUAACAAAACUCGCAGCCGACUUGUCUACUACGAAGACCUGGUAAUGGACUCACAGCGCUUGACUGAGAUCCAAACAUUUCUCGGGGUGCCACCGCGGAAGCUAGAAAGCCAGCAAGUGAAGAUUCACACACGCCCAUUGAGAGAGCAGAUCCAAAACUGGGAUGAGGUACUAGCCCGUUUGAAUGGGACCAGGUAUGAACUUUUAAUGCACGAUGACGAUUACACAUGAUAAUCCACGGAAGCACCCAGCUGGUGUUUCGUUUUGUACAUUAGAUAUUGGGAGGAAUAGGGUGGUUUUUGUAGCAGUGUUAAAUGCGAUCAGAUCUUCUAGUAUUGGCUUCUUCCUGCUUCUCUCAUGUCGGCAUGUUUGCGUGUCAUGCCACUUAAACUGUUCGACCUCGCAUCCUUGUACUAGAAACUAGUGUUUUUUUAGCACCUGAAUGAAGUAUUGGUGUAGUAGAGCCAUCCAUAAGAGGCUAUAAAACUAUAGCUCCUGUCAAUUUUCACGAGAAAGGCUGCGUGGGGGGGCGACUCACCCCAUUUGGUCCCAAACGUGGAGUUGGUGUUUUAGUCUGCCAUAUUUGUACACUCCUGGUGUACAAACUGUAAAGCGUUUUUCUCUCUUUUUGAAAUUGAGAGGUGGUUCCAUUUGUUUUGCUGCUUUGUAA